UGGGCUCCCCAAGGCUGCUGAGUCCUGCUGCUAACUACUCAUUGUUUGCUAAAGCUGAACUCAAAGCAACAUCAACCAUGAGACUGUCCCUGUGUGUCCUGCUGGUCACUCUAGCCCUUUGCAGCUAUGAGGCAAAUGCAAAAGUCUGUCCAGCUCUUAUAUCUGAAGCUAAGGGCUUCUUUUUUGAACCUGAAGAGCUCUACAACAUCAGUCUUCUGAGAUUUUUUCCCCCUAGAGAAGCUCGCAAGGCCAAGAUGAAAGUGAAGCAAUGUGUAGAUCUUCUGCCUAAAGAGGACAGACUGAAAAUUUACAGUGUUGUGGAAGAUGUAGUGUCCCAAUGUAAACUAGACUUUAAAUAUCUUACACAUGAGAGCCUCUGCCAUUCAAGGAUGGCCUGAUCACCCCUGGAAAAUAUGAAGGUUUCAACGUCUUGCUUCAAUAAAGUACUUGCCCUGCACUUC